AUGUCUGUCGUUGACGGGGUAUUGGUCCUCGUACCGCCACCGCCGGGUUAUGUCGUCAACUUUGAUAAUCCUCAGCGGCAAGCUGAUGUCCCUACAUACUGGCUGGCUGGGAUCGGCCUUAUUUUUGCAAUGCUCUUUACGGCCCAAAGGGUGUACGUGAAGUCCGUUGUGGUCAAGAGGUUCCAGCUCGAUGAUUUGCUCCUCUUCCUUGCCUGGGUCACUUCGAUAGCAACCCAGUUCUUAGUCUUGUAUAUGUUCGCUUCGGGUAUUGGCGGAGUACACUCCUGGGAAAUACCGCUUGUGAAAUUCAACAAAUACCUUCUCGUCGUAUAUAUUGCAGCCUGGAUCUACGUUCUCAGCGGAAGUUUCGCCAAGAUAGCACUUCUGGUCUUCUACCUGCGACUUUCGCCACAGCAGUGGUUCCGCUACUCAGUCUUUGCGACGCUCGCUCUUAUCUUCGGCUACACAACGGGGAUAUUCUUCAGUCUGAUCUUCGCAUGCGAUCCUAUCGAGCGUAGCUUCGACAUCACAAUAACCACCGGCUCUUGUAUCAACUCAGCCGCACUCUACAUCGCGACUGCGGCCGCGAACAUCACCUCCGACGUGAUCCUUUUCAUUCUGCCCAUUCCGAUGGUGGUGAAAUUACAGGUGCCGCUCAAGCAAAAGAUAGGUCUGAUGUUCAUCUUUGGUAUUGGUUCCAUAACCAUCGUCACCUCGAUACUGAGAGCGGCUGUCCUCCCAUCACUAUUGACCUCCACCGACCCCACAUGGGACGUAUCUUAUGCCAGCUUGCUCAUCGUAGUCGAGGCGAAUCUGAUCAUCGUGUGCGGCAUGCUUCCCACCCUCCGAAAGUUCAUCCUCUCCGUGGCACCAAGGCUCAUCGACGGAAGCACCUAUGGGCGCAGCAAAGGCGGCAUGACACCCAAGACGUUAGGCCGGUCCGGACUCGUCACAUACGGCUCGACACCUUCCAAGGGCCUGUCCCGCCAACGCGACGGCUAUGCCAAGUUUGGCUACGGCAGCGACGACUACGCGAUGGAGCCUAUCUCUGUGCCUGUCACGCGUGGUGCGGCGAUGGACGGUCUGAAAAAGAGCGAGGUUACGGCAACGGUUGUGGCUGGGAAUCGUUUAAGCGACUGGGACGACGAUGGCAGACCGCUGGACACACCCGCAAGCAUGGAGAGUCAGUUGCCGAUCAUGGGUGGGAGGAGCCAGGGGAUUCGGACUACCACCAAGAUCGAGGUAUCCUACGAGGGCGAGGCGCCUGGUAGGGCUUUCUAA